CACAAGACAUCACCAUCAUCAACAUUUUGCUCGCGAACCUCGCUCUCUUCCUCCCUUUUCCCACUCACACACCCAAUCGGACGCCAUCUAUAAUGCCUCCUCGAACCAUCAUCUCCUCGCCCGCCGCCCGCGCGCUUCUCACCGGCCGCAUCUCCCAGCGCUUCUACUCGGCCGCCUCCUCCAACGAACCUCUUAUCCGCGUCACAAACAUUGCUGCCCCGUCCAGCGGCCACAUUCGCAUCCUCGAGCUUAACCGCCCCUCGGCCCGCAAUGCCAUCUCCAAGGCCUUCCUCGCCGCUCUGAGAGCAGAGGUCGACGAUAUCCACGCCCAGUACGAUGCACAGGGCAACGAGGCCGUCGCGCCUUCGGAAGCUGGAGCUACUCGUGCCGUCGUCAUUGCUUCGGCGGUCGAUAGCUGCUUCUGUGCCGGCGCCGAUCUCAAGGAACGCCGGGGCUUCACAAAGGCUGAGACCGACGAGUUCCUCGCCAACCUCAACGGCACAUUUACUGCGCUCUCGCAACUCCCCGUCCCCACAAUCUCCGCCAUCUCAUCAGUUGCCCUCGGUGGUGGCCUUGAGCUUGCCCUCUCGACGCACUUCCGCGUUCUCUCAUCCAACGCGCACGUUGGUCUUCCUGAAACCAGACUCGGCAUUCUUCCUGGUGCCGGAGGCACCUUCCGUCUUCCUGGCCUAAUCGGCCUCGGUCGCGCCCGUGAUCUCAUCUUGACCGGCCGCCGGGUUGCCGCUCCUGAGGCAUACUUCCUCGGCAUUGCCGAUCGCCUUGUCGAGGUUGUUCCUGAAGACGGUAAGACCAAGGAGGACUUGCUCCAGCUCGCCAGCAAGUCCGCACUCUCCGAGGCUGUUAGAUUUGCCCAAGAGAUUUGCGAAGGUGGCCCCAUUGCUAUCCGUGCUGCUCUUCAAGCUGUGCAGUGGGCCCGUCCUGACAAGGAGGCUGAGAUGUACCAGCGCGUCGUCAACACUGAGGACAGAAAUGAGGCUCUCAAGGCCUUCCAGGAGAAGCGAAAGCCUGUCUUCAAGGGAAGGUAAACUGUGUAAAUUAGAAACAAAGUGAAUAGCAAAAACAAAACAAAUAAACCUAUGGGAACAUGGUAAAAUAAUCUUAUUUCAUUGGGUAAUCAUGUACGUAGCAUAUGAAUUGUACAUGUCCAGACCUGAAGCUAUUCCUCAUCUGAUUAAAACACAAAGGUACUACAUUUUACCUCUGUACGAUGCUAAACGCCAACACAAUGUAAAUCUGCCAUGUUUAUGUUAAUCCAGCAAUGACGGCUCUUCGCACCCUGAUGUUCUAUCCUUCACAGGUGCCUCAAUUUCCACUAAAUCAUCGUCCAUGCGCUCAUCAAUGUCCGCUGGCGCCUCAUCUGCAACGAGACCAGGGGGUGAUCCGGGGAGCUCGGGGGCAGCGGGGGCAGGUUCCUCGACUUGCACCGGUUCCGGUACGUCGCGUUUGGGCACGCUGACAUACUUGUCCUUGUCUUCGUCUCGCACGUAGCACAAGAAGUAAGGCUCUCCGCCAUUACUAAGAGUCUUGAGAACCUCCUCUGUGUCCUUGUUUUCUUUGACGUCGGCAUCAUUGUACCACCGCCAGACUCCAUCUUGGAAAUCGCGGAUCCAAACCCAGUAGUGGCCCGAUGUAAGGUGCCCACGAUGACAAAUGACAGCAUGCAGACGGUAAGCAAUCUCCUUUUCUCCCUCAAGACGCGUCGAUAAAUUGUCUUGAUGCAUUUUUAGUUCGUCUUGCAUCAUUUGUAGGAUGGACUCGUGUGUUUCCCGAACGUCUCGUAUGGGUAGAGGAGGCCAAGAUACCCCGGCAUCCUUACUUUGGUUGGAUAUCAAAACAAAAUCAUCAUCAACAGGGCCAUCAAAGUCCCAGUUCUCUUCUCCAAGGCCAAUUUCAACAGGAGCUUCAAGAUCUGCGUCUAUGGCUCCAGCUCCAAGAGUUUCUUUACUUUGCUGACCACCGCUCUCUAAUAAUCCGAGAUAUGGCGGGUUGCUCUCAAUCUUUGCCAGCUGCGACUUGAUAUCCGCAAUCCGGUCUGUAAUCACCCAAUCCUCAACUCGACUUUUGAAGGCAGGUGACGAGUGAUUCUUGUCCAUAUAUCUAUCAAGAUAGAGCGUUUCGGGAAUCACAACCGCAUUUCCGUUUUUACUUCCUGUUGACUGCGUCCUUUGGAUCAAAAUAUGAAGAAUAGGAGGCAGUGUCUUAAUAGCAGUGUAGCGCGAGAGCUUGCUUUCCGCGAGAAUCUGCUGAUCAAAAUUGCGGCCCAAAGCGUCAUACAGCGAGCAAGGCCCUUCAGGGGCUGGAAAGGCCGUCAAUGCACGAUCAAAGCUGAUUUCCUGCUGAUAUUUGCUGUCGUCAAACUUUUUGGUAUAGUUCACCGUGGUGACAAAAAAGGUCUCCAUAAUCUUUUCCAACUGAAUGCCAGUACUUUCAUCAAUGCUGCUCGGUCGAAUCGCCGCUUGAAGGCGGUUAAUAAUGCUGCCCAUGACCUCUUCGACAUCCUGCUGGUCGGUUCCGGAAGAUCUCUUUUGAUGCUCGAGAGCAGUGAGCACCUUUUGGUCAACAUCAGACGAUUCUGUGUCAGACAUAUUUGUAUCCUUGGCUUCCACAUGCGCUGUUUGCUCUUCAGAUUUCGUUUCAGACACGGCUACAUCAAGUACAGCUGUCCGCUUAGGACCUUUGCUUGUGAUGGCCACCCCAUCAGCGUCAAUCAAAGUUUGUGAACUUGAUAUGCUGUCUGUAUCAGUAGCAGGUGUAUCGAGCAUCGUAACAUCGGUAGCAGCCGUGUCAUCAUCAGCUUCGCUUUCAACCUGGGUCUUAGGUGGAGGUCCAGGUGGUGGUGGUACAUCGCUGCCAUCUUUAACAUCUGCCUGAUUCUUUGCACUUGAAAGGAGGGUGUGUGUAGAGAGCAAGACAGCGUUGGCGAGGCGUUGGGAAGGUCUUGUCGCGCUCUUAUCUGAAGUCUUUAGCGUUUGGAAUAGCUUCGCAAGUUCUUGUGCAAAGGCUCGAGCUACUACAGCUUCGCCGCGGUCCAUUUGCAUCUUGUUGCCACCAAUUCGCCGUUUUUCAAUAUAGUCGUCGUUCAGCCCAAGAGCGUACUCAUCGAACCCGAGGACAACUUCUCUCACUGGUUCAACCGUAUAGAGAUAUUGUAGCAAGCUGUUCAGAUAACACGUGUUUCCUAUAUUGUCCAAACCGACAGGCAAUGUAAAGUCUACUGGGCAAUUCUUGUUCUUAUCGGUCAUGGCACCAGCACCGUAUGUGCCAUAGGCAUGUCGGAGUUCCAUAACACUAUGUUUGACCACGUGAGAUGAUGUGUGCUCAGCAAUAGAGUCGAGAGCAUCAAGGAGAACUUCCUUCUCUUCUCUAGUCUUGGCCGCGAGGACUUUAUCCCGUGCAGCUUGGACUGCAACAACACCAUCGUCAGAACCAGAAUCAACCCCUAGAAUGGCUCGUGCUGUAUCCAACGACAUUUUUGUAUCAGUUUCCAUAAGAAGCUUUGCUUGAUACAUAUCGUCAUUCGAUCCUUGCGCCAGCGUCAUCAAGACAUUGCGUGCUGUACUAGCCUCACCAGGCGCUUUUGCAAGCUUCUGUCGAAAAGCUUGAAUAACGUCAUCGGCGCCAUGUCUAUUUGGCGGCUUCAGGCCCAAGUAUGCUAGGGAUUGCAAAAUUUCGUUAUCCUCGUCAAUAAUGUGAGGUGCUUGUUCCUGGCUCUCAAAUAACGACGAUUGCGCAAUGGCGUAAUCAGAUAAAUAGUCAUCCUGACUGUCAUGGGCAAUAGCCAUUAAUGACAUUACCAAAUCUCUCCGUCGGCUCGGCAUGAGGUCCCAUUGACGUCGGUAAGCGCUUGUGACAAUUUCUCUAGAUUGGCCAGGUAAAACACCGAGGAGCUUGUACCGUUCCGUCUUAACAUAAGGCGCGAUAUCAACACCUGUUACUUCGACGCAUCCAAGAUCAGCGUAGAGAACGUCCGUCAUAAAGGAUGGGGGUUCAGGCUGGCGAGUUCCACGAUGAAUAAGGCUCUGAACUUCGGCACGAACGUCUUCGAUGUACGCUCUGUAAGUCCCAAGUUCUGUUGAAUUGUUGGGGCCUUCAGGUGGCGAUGGCGGCGAAGGCGUGAAUGAACCGUCAUCAUAGCUAUUACUCAUCUCUAUCUUCUCAUCAAACUCAAGACCUCGAAACAUGGGAAAAGAACGAGUGCCAAAUGUAACACAGAAUCUCUUGUUUCGUUUUGAGAUGCUUCGAGUCGUCUCAGGUGUGGAUUCAAGUUGAUUCUUGAGAUAUGUAUUGAGGUUGAGAGGUGCCUGCAGAGUCCACUCGUCCUUAGCAUCUUCAAAUCGUUCAGGGUUCUCAAGCCUUUCAAUUUCGAGUUGUUUUCGAUUUCCCUCGUAAUCAAGCAAUAUUUGCGUCCAUUCCCGGGCCAUUCUCGGUUGUGAUACCUCCAGAGUCACUUGAAAUGUACAAGGCGGUGCUGAGCAUACAAAGUUUUCUCGUGCCAGUAGGGGAUAAUAUUUUGAGUUGUCUUGGGCGAUGCUAGCGUCGGUAUCCGAUCCCACCCAUACUAGGUGAUGCCAUGGAAAUCGAUCAUCUGGCAGUGGCCAGCAUGCUGAGGUAGAGUUACAAAGUGAAUAUGAAUGGUUUUCGUCCCACUUCAUCUUGAAGACAAAGUGGAAGUGGCAAUCGAGACAAAGGGCCGAGAUUAGUUUCGACGAGCGGUCCAUGAAGCUUUGGUUUCCGUUCAUCACCAGUCGGUGAGUGUGUUCCCAUAGUCUUGAGUCGUCCGGCGUCAGCUGUCUAGCUCGUUCGAACAGAUCACACACUGUAAAGUCGUUGUUGAGCAGCUCAUAAAUCCAUCGCGUUGGGUGGCAGCCUAAGGAUGACUUUAGCAUCGCUACCAGACACAUCGUAAGAAGCUCUACAAACCUGCAACUUCUCUUUCCGGUGACAAAUUAGACUUCAUAGGGGUCAUGUUUUGGGGGACAAACUCCAUAGCGGACGAGCCUGGGAGCGUCGCAUAGAGAUUGUCACUAUCGCUCGUGAAGUCGUAGUGAGCAGCCAUCGCGGCGGUGGCGGCGGCGACCGUCCGUUAACGUCUAUUUGAUAAUCGGCGAUGCGUCUCAGAAGUUAUGGUCCAGUCUAGUGUCUUGAUUUCUAGCUUUCGCUGUCUGUAAUGGUUCGUUCGAUAGAGAUGCUUCGUGAGCGAUCGGCAGCUUCGUCUAGGUAGGUUAAGAGUUGAGAGUGGAGGGUCUGGAAGCGUUGCGAAUUGCAGCACACGUUGAGCGGGAGCGGUCAUCAAAUCAUGACCAGAAUAUGGCUUGCAUUCAAUGAAAAGGCAAAAAGCUGUACGCUCCCACCAGGUUGCGGUGGCGUGUUGGAGAAGGGAGACGCAACGGAGCUUGCGUAGUCGUGGUGGGUGGCGC